AUGAAGGAACCGUCGUGUGGUGAGCGCCACCUGCAGGACCAGGCCUUCACCUCGGCGUCCUCAUCUAGGGGUGCCAGUCACGCUUACGUGGAAGAGGAGGGCAGCCCGCGCCACACUCAUGGGGUCUUCUGCAUCCAAGGCUGCCCUCCAGGCGACCCCCAAAGAGCCCAGGGAGCCCAAGCCGAAACACUUGAUCUAAUACAGUACAUCAAUGAAACAAAUAUGAGCGUUCAACAUCUGGCUGAUGUUCUUCAUAGGAAAACGAGGAGCAGUAACUGGGUGGUGGUGUUCAAAGCUCUGGUUACUGUGCAUCAUCUCAUGGUCCACGGAAAUGAGCGUUUCAUCCAACAUCUUGCAUCUCGACCCUCUUUCUUCACGUUACACAGCUUCCUGGAUAUAAGCGUCAUAGAAGGUUAUACGAUGUCAGCCUUCAUCAGACGGUACAGCAGGUAUUUGAAUGAAAAGUCACUCGCCUACAGACUGAUGGCAUCUGACGUUACAAAAAGCAAGAGAGGGAGAGACGGUGUGAUAAGAGCUAUGAGUACUGAACAGCUGCUAAAGACGCUUCCAGUUAUUCAAACCCAGCUGGAUGCUCUUCUUAAUUUUAAUGCAAAUCCUGAUGAACUAACUAAUGGUAUAAUACGUGCUGCUUUUAUGCUUCUCUUUAGAGAUGCUCUUCGUCUCUUUGCAGCCUAUAAUGAAGGGAUCCUUAAUCUGCUAGACAAGUUUUUUGACAUGAGGAAGAACCAGUACAAGGAGAGUUUGGGGAUUUACAUCAACUUCCUCGAAAAAACCACCAAAUUGACACAGUUCCUGGAGGUUGCAGAGCAAGUUGGAAUUGACCAGAGCAACAUUCCAAAUCUUAUUCAGCCACCCCGGAGUUUACUUGAAGCACUAAAACAGCAUUUAGCUUCUUUGGAAGAGAAAAACAUUUCACCACCUUGCAGCGUGUCGUUCAGCGCGCUGGCUCGGGGUCUGACCGUGUCGUGUGUGUCUGUGAACAAGCAGCCUAUUGCCCCAGCGCGACCCUCACCUGUAGCAGCUGGAGGUGGCACUGCUCAGCCAAAGAAAACUUCUUGCCAGAAAGAAUCAUUAUGGAUCCAAGAAAAAGAGCGGAGAUUUAGCCAAAACUGGAGCUUGAAUUCAGAGGAAACUCGGAAGGCAAGUUUGCACCCCUGGAGGAAAAGCGCCCGACAGCGCGGCGCCGGCUGUGACUGGCGGGACCUUCGGGUCGCGCUGCACUGA